AGAGCCGCGCGCGGCCAUGAUGGCAGGCGUCGCUGGCGUGGAGGAGGUUGGGGCCGAGUGGCAGGACCCAGACCCGGCUUCGACUCCGACGUGGGCUCUGGCACUGACCCCGGCCCCGGCCUCCACACCCUCUUUGUCUCUGGCCUCGGACUCUCUCCAAGCCCUACAGGAUCUGACCGGUGAUGGAGGGGUGCGCAAGGAGAAGCUGUGCCCCGGCUCCGGUCAGCCCGUGCCCCCAUCCGCCUCCGUAGCAGUGAAGUACUCCGGGUACCUGGGAAAUUGGAAUAAGCCCUUCUGUUCAAACGGGAACAGCAAGUAUCCAAGGCUGAUGAAACUUGGAAAAGACAUCACACUGUGCGGGCUGGAGAUCGGGCUGCUGUCUAUGCGCAAAGGAGAGGCUGCGCUGUUCAUCCUCGCUCCAGAAUACGCCUACGGCCAGCGGGGCUGUCCUCCCUUCAUCCCCCCAAACACCACGGUCCUCUUCAAGGUGGAGGUGCUGGACUUCAUAGACUCAGAGGAGUGCGACACGUUCUUUGAGUUGACUUGUGAGCAGCAGGAUAGAGUUCCUCUAGAAACGGUGUUGAAAGUGGCAGCCACUGAGAGAGAAUUUGGCAACUACUUCUUUUACAAGCAGCACUUCAAGAUUGCCAAGGACAGAUACAAGAGGGCACUCUCCAUCCUGGGUCGCAGGUCUUCCAGUAAGGCAGAGCAGAGCCAGAUCAAUGCUUCCAAGCUGCUGCUGUUCCUGAAUCUCUCACUCACUUACCUGAAACUGGAACGUGCUGACCAAGCUUUGAAAUACGGGGAGUUAGCCCUGGAGAUGGACCAAAGAAAUGCCAAAGCACUGUUCAGGUGUGGACAGGCUUGUCUCCACAUGAGGGAGUACAGCAAAUCCCAGGAUUUCCUGACCAGAGCUCAGUGCAUCCAGCCCUUCAACAGUGAUAUCAACAAUGAGCUGAAGAAGCUGGCAAGGUUCUUGGUGAAAUCCCCUGAAGAACAACAGGCAGAAUCCAGGGUGAGAGGUACAACAAGGAGUACAUGGAAUUGGAGAAGGAAAUGUGCUGCCAGAUGUUUGACCCUGUCAAUUCUUAUGGCUGAGAAGAAAUCAAGGACUGUUCCAGCUGUCCAGCUCAGGGCACAUGGACAUCUCAGCAUCACAUGCAAGUUUUGGGAAAAGGGCCAGGAGCACUGUCUUACUUUGAGAGACUGAAGUGAAGGUUCUGUUUUUAUACACAACCUGAUUUUCCUGAAGUUUGGUUUGUUUGCCAUGUUUUGAGGCAGUUUCCAGAAUAAUUGAAUCCUGCUGUUGCAGAGAGGAAGGGGUUUGUGUAAAUUCCUUCUCUUCUCCCAUGCACAAAGUUUGAAGAAAACUCUAUCCUGACGUCCUGUCUCUUGCAGAUAGAUUCCAGGCUGCUUUCAGGGAAUUUGUCAGUGGGAGGAGAAUGCCAUGAAGUUUUCUAUUUACACAGGUUGUUCUUAAAAAAAUUAUGUUUCGUAUUUUUGUUCUGAGGAAAUAA